UCAGUUUAGUUGUUGUUUCUUGUUCUCGACGUCUCACCACGACAAGAUGACUUGUCUAGUCACAAAUUAUAACUAGGAAAAUUGAAGUUUUUUAUAGUGUUCAUUUUGUUCUUUUCAUUAAUUUAAAAAUGAAGAAAAUAAACUUUUGUGUAUUAUUUAGUGUUUUGUUUAUCAUAUAUGUGAGUAAAGAAACUGAAGGGCGGCAAAAAAAUGAUUUUAAUUCAGACUUUUUAGCUCAUGAAGGUCUUGGAACUACAGCUGCUCCUAAAAGAAAUUACGUUGCUUCGAAUUUCCCUCCAUUAAUAUCGCCAGUCGGGACAACAUCGACAACUUCACCACAAAAUUCAAAUAAUCCUCAAAAAAAUACUCCCCAAUCAGGUGGUAAACGAGAUUACGUAGCUCCUACAAGACCAACAGUAAAACCAUUGGUAGCUAGUACUAAUAACCCGACUUGGACGACACUCAAGCCAACCACACCAUCUGGGAAAAGAGAUUAUGUUAAUCCAUCAUAUAAAAAUACGGCAUCAACGCAAAAGACGGCAACUGUGAAAGACUUGGUGAACUUUUAUGAUAACAAAGAUAAAACUCCGUCAAACCAACCUAGCUAUAGUUCAAUUUUGAGCGGAAACAAAGGUUCAAGUACAACAGGAACUAGUCACCUUGCUACAACACCAUCCCAAAAGCCAAGCUCGCAAACGCCAAAACCUUUCAGUUAUAGUUCAAUAGUGGCUGGGACAACUAAAAAAGGCCCAGAAACUAUUAACACAAAUGGACAUACAACUUUGAAACCAACGACUAAGUGGCCCCAUAAUAAUAGUGGUUCUACAAAUAAGAACAACCCACCAAACAGACCUCUACCAAGCUCUUUCGUAAAUAACAAAAAUGCUCAAGGUCAAGGAAACGUUGCCACAGACGCUGAAAUUGAGAUUCUUAGCGAAGAAUUACUUAAGAAGGAUACGAAUAAUGCUGCCAGGCUAAUCACGAUAAACUAUCAAGAGAAAACUACUUCACAAUCAAAAGAUGACAGGGCACCGCUACCGUUACUGGUGAUACCAGAAAGUGUAUGGAAUUUACCAACAAUACAAAAGUUUUUACCAUUACUGGACAAUUACGAACGAGAUACAUUAGUCAAUGAGCACGUAACACCGCAGGAAAGAAACGAAGAAAACGCAUUCAUGGAUGCGAUCAUGUCAACCACAGUUAUUAGACACCUUAUGUUAUUCCUGAAAAAUAAAGGUAUUGUUUCACCCGAUCCAAAACAACAACGUGACUUUUUGAAACAACUAUGGUUCAAUUUGUACUCUCGUGGCAAAGGAAAAAUAAGCAGUUCUGGAUUUGAGCAUAUAUUUGUCUCAGAAUUAAAGAAUGGCGAAGUAUCUGGAUUACAUAAUUGGAUCUAUUUUGGCAAAGAAGAGGCCGUUAAUAGAAUUAACUAUUUAGGCUACCUAAAAUACUCACAACUGAAUGAUAAAGGCGUUGUUAUGAAACUGCAUUUCAACCAGCAAGGUGUUGACAAGCCAGUAGAUACAAUGUUUGUGGGAACAUCACCUGAAUUGGAAAUUGCACUUUACACUCUUUGCUUUGUAACUCGUGCUGAUAAUGAUUGCAGACUGAAACUUGGGGGAAAGGAUGUUAAUAUAGUUUCUCACACAUUCCGCUAUCGAAGCAAAAAUCUCAUAGGAAGUGCUUAUCCUCAGAUUUAAAUACCGCAAUAAAGUAGACUUUUGAUUGAUUAUUAAAAUUUUAAUGAAAUAUUUACAUAAUUUAUUUAUAGCAAUAUUUUCUUAACACAUUAUAAAGUAUGUACAUAUAUCUGUAUAACUAUUUGUGAUUUUACUACUAAUAGCUAGCCAUAUAUGCACGAACAUGCCCGAUAGAUCUGAUUUACCUGAUCGAUGCGUAUAUGGCUAGCUAAUAGUUUAUCUUUAUGUCAAUAAACGGUACCACUUGGCUAAAUAUUAA